AUUGUUUUUAUAUUUGUAUUAUUUUAUUGUUUCCCUUCUACGUGACUUUACCGAAAGAACCAAGAAUAUGAAUGUAAUUUAUUAUGAUAUUACUGCCAUUCAUAUUGUUUCCCAAACUACAACUGUUCACCUGUAAUUGGUAGAGAAAGAUUGGGGUCAGGGAUGAUGGAGUAGGAGAGGUGAAGCUCGAGGGGAGACUCAUUGCUGAUGAAGCGUGUGAACACAAAACCUGAGCUGUCCCUGGGCCGGCAUAGCUUGAUUCCCAGUGGUUGUGGCAACAAGGCAUUGGAACGCACCAAGACAUAGAAUUUAGAGACUGUUGGGGCAAUUGUUGAUCGUGAGCACCAAUCUGGGCUAGCGUGGCAUGCGAGCGAGUAUCCUGGCUCGCAACAAACUCGGUCACCUGCGCCUCUCCACCACCGAUAUUCACGCACCACAGUUGGUAUUUUUUUUAUUUCGGCUCAAUUGACCAUUGGGAGGCCGACCCCAGACCAGGUUCAAAUGUCAAUGUGGCUGUGGUUGUGCAUGGCCAACAGGAAUUGGCACUGUGUGACAGCAACUGACACAACGAUGCACGCAGACACGCUUGGUCAUCUCACCUUCCCUGUCUCAACACGGGACUUUAAGCAGGACCCCCCCGCUGCUGUAUUGAAGUUGGAAUCUGCCACUUUUACAGUCGUUUUAUAGUGAGGAUCACACCUACUACACCUUUGCUGUCCUAACAAAUUGUAACAUUUGGAAUUGUUAACGUACACUCAAAGGCUAUCAAAGCAAGUUUAAAAUCAACGGUAAUUUGUACUCUGCAAUUCAAAUUAAAGUUUAAUGGGUGAAAAGAUGCAACAUUUCUUUGCUGAAAUUACGUUUAAAGCAUGCUUAAGCAUGUGAGCUUUCUUAUCUCGGUCAGCAGUAAGAAAUUCACGAGUGUUACUUUUAUGACAGUAACUGAAAUACAACUAAUGCAUGCAUAACCCUGUAGCUAAUUGCAAAGGCAGUCUUUAAUGUGCUGUUGAAGGCAUUGUGUUGCUGUGUAACGGUGGAGAGAAUAUCAAUUAAGGCACUGGUAUAUGUCAACUUUACAUCUUACAUGACAUGUUAAAUGAAGCAAUUUACCGAAUAAACACACACAGGCAUGUCAGACGCAUAGAGCAACUCUUUAACGUUCGAGAAAAUGCAAAUCUAUGAUAAAACAAGAAUAGGCAAUAUCUGCAAUUCCAGUAUUCAUCUUACAAAAUGCAUUUGCCCAUGGAAAUAGCAAAAGAGCGAACGAUUACUUAUAUAACAAAGCAUGGCUCUUCCUGCAAACAAUGCCGGAGACCUUUGAUAAUAUUUGUAGGAAAUAAACAGUGUUGGUUUUGUCCUGCGGAAAGGAUUUAAGCCUCCGGUAUGCGGAGUUUACAGGAUUUCCAAGUUUCCUCGUCGUGGACAAAGCAAUGUCGCAGUGCAGUCUUAUCCAAAGGAGCAUUAUUAUGUUCAUAGCAUUUGCGUGUGAGUUGUGGCAGGUAAACCACCCCAUUACCAUACAUAUGUGACAAAAUCUGUCACUGAUCUUCGAGGGGCAGUCAAAAGGUAUCGAGACUGGAAUUUUGGAAGUGCUCUCGAUAGGAUGGCCACUGGAAGCUGUCCACAGUGGUACUUUUUUUCGUCUCUCCCGAGGGUUCAUGGGCAGAGUCAACCCCCAAUCUAGAUUUAAUUUCACAGCCUUCCAAUUUUGAGUUGGGCUCUCUCACCACAAUGCCAUACGGCCAGAUUUCAUAAUCAGUCCAUCGACAUGUACGUGGCUUAAACACAGUCAUCUUCUGAGUUUGCGCGAUGAGUAAAGGUUCGAGGCAUUCGAACCACUUUGACGCAACAGGCGUUUGCGUUGAUAUUUCCGCGCGGAAAUCUGACGACGCGUCAUGACGCGCAAGGAUACUUGCGCACCGCGGUCGAUCGCGGUGGAUGGAGUGGCGUGAGCUUCACACACAACCCACCACUUGUUUUGUGCAUGACUUUUGCUCAUUUACAUCAUCCCCAUUGGCGGUGGUGGUGGUGGUGGCUGCUGCUCUCACGCGCCACUGCAGUAAGGAGCCUGCACGGGGUGCAUGCAAAGUUUGGCCCAUCCAUCGCGGGCGAAAAAAAGCGCAGCGCGCUGUUCAAAACAGCAACUCCUUUUCCUUAUGUCGUGCGCGUCAAAGAUAAGGCUGCUGGGAACAAAGCGCUGCCAAAAGCAAUAUCCAACUGGGAGCAAGGAAAACUAUGGUAAAAAGCUUUUGUUAAAUUAUUUAUACAAGAGGCUACUCUCGUUGUGUUUUUUGUUAUGGAUGAUUGAACUGUACAACGAUGCAUUGCAAGGGACGCAAAAAAAAUAGCUUAUUACAUUUUUUAAAUGUUGCUUUCCAAAAAUAAUCCUUGAAAAAAUGUCUUAUGUUUUGCCAUUGGGUUAAAAAAAAUACGGCAAGGUUUAUAUUAGUCAAUGAGCCUCUCUGGUUUUAUUUAAACAAGUCAAGAAUUAUGUUUUUUUAAGGACUGCAUUUUGUAUUACCGGUAUAGUGUACAACUUUAAACUUCCUGCAUUUAUUGAGUUACAUGUGAUUUUAAGUUUUGACCCCCCAUUAAAAUCAGUUCUUACUCGGCAGGCAGUUAUGAAUAAUUUCUAUUCAAGCCAGUUUGACUUUUAGUACUUACAGGGCACAACAUCAUCUAUGAAUUAUAUUGAGCGCUGCCAAUGAGGAAGGCAAUUAUGGGGGAUUGCCAGCUCAUCAUGGUAAAUUCUUGCUUACCACAUUGGUCCAUCUUUGAAUCUAAAACUAAACUAGUUUUAUAUAUUUUUUUAACCAGGUAAGGCCCACUGAGCUAUGUAGCUAUUUUUCAAAAUGCGGCCAGGCCACUAAUAGCUUAACGGAGUGGCUUAUCACGUGGACAUUCAUAGCAGCCAAAUAUUCUAAACGCAUGUUUCUAAAUGUGGAGGUAGAAACCCAGGAGGUCACGGAGAGAAAUCCACACGGCCACAGGGAGAACGUGCAAACUCCAAAUAUAUAGGCGUCAGGGUCGGAACCCACAACCUCCUAUACACCAGGCGAGGUAGUUAACAGCAGGAAGGAGCACAAGUUUAGAGUACCGGAGAAGAGCCGUGCACUUGUUUUGCACUUUCUGCAUCAGGCUCCCAACAUGCUCAAUCAAGGAUCCACGCCCCCACAAACCUUUGGACUCGCUCGCUCCUGGCUUGCAAGCAAAAAUAAUAAAUAAUAUCACGUUAUCUUCGUUCCCCUCAAUCACACCACCUCGUGCCAGCAGUUCUGCGCUUGAUUAAGGCUGCAAAGUGCAGGAAUUGUCAAAUUCAUUUGCAGCAGCAGCAGCUACAACUGUGUGCUUGCUUGGUGCGACGGAGUGGAAACAAAGUGCCGUGGCAGUUAAGGUGGGGCCUCUACUCUUGCGAUCCAGGGCUGCUGGAUGUAAAAACAUUUUUUUUCUCUCGCAGGAAGCCACAGCGUGGGUUGUAAGGCCCACCCUCUAGAGCUGCCGGAGGUGCAUUUAUAAAAAAAAAAUGUUAUAAGAGAAACAAAUCUACGCUGGCUGGUCGUGUGACUCGUGCCUUCCUUAACGCUACGCGCAUGUCUGGGUUUGUGAGCUCCACGCUCAAGGGGGAGCCGUUAGCACCGAGCCCUUUAGUGAUUAUUGCACUCGGAGGGAACGUAACGUGCUGAAAUACGCAGCGGUCGACAUGGAGGCUCGUGUGAAGAGGUGCUCCUCCGUCUUGUGUGUCGCACACUUCAGUGUACUGUAGUAAAUACGGCAUGUGUUUCGGUGCUCCUGUAGCCGCGGCACCAUGAAGAACAGUAAAAAGCAGAGGAGGAGUGACCCAGUGAGCCGCCCCCACUCGUGGCACUCGACCAAACACGAGGAGGACGAAGAGGCGACGGGCAUGAUGCGCAUCUCCCAGGGCAGCGCCAGCACCGCCUGGCACCCGACCUACCACACCAGUAGCUCCUCUACCAGUGACCUCUCCGGAUCGUACGACAUGGCGGGAUAUGGGCACCACCUCAGCCCGGACCAGUACAGCUCCCGGGGCAGCAUGGAUAGCCUCGACCACCCCACGCAGCCGAGCCAGCACCACCAGCACCUCCACCCGCACCAUCCGCACCACAACCAGCAUCACCCGCCCCACGGCAGCGACGGGCUGCUGCACCCCACUUCAGGGCAGCACCACGGCUUCUAUCCCCACGUACAGCAGCAGCAGCAGCAGCAACAGCAGCACCAUCAGCACGUCAAGUCGUCCAGCAGCGUGGACAGCAAGCGCGACUCGGCCUACAGCUCCUUCUCCGUGAGCGACCGCUCGGGAUCGGCGGAGAAUGUGGCGGCCGCCCCUGUGGUGGGCUGCUGGGAUGGUUCCGGUGGCGGUGGUGGCGGGAACUUGUCACCACCGGCUGACCUGCGCUUUGUGCGGACUGUUUACGGAGAGGCGGGCAGUGCCCGCGAGGAGCCGGAGACACUGGCAUCACGGCGCAGCGACGGUGAGGUGCCGAGGAAUGGGGAGGCGCGUGGAUCCGCGACCGGUGUCGCCGCCGCCGCCACGUACGAGAACGGGAGCCGCGACAUCUGUGGAGCAGGCUCGGCCAGGGCCCGGUACGAGAUCAGGGAGAACCUGACCAACAGCGCCAUGAAGAACUACUACGGCAAGGACGAGCCGGGCGAGGGCAAGUCCCGCGACAUUUACGCCUCCGAGCUUGGGUACAGAAACACGGAGAGCCUCAAGAGGGCGGACCAUUACAGCAACAAGGACUGCUCGAUGCACAACAUCAAGCAGGCAAACAGCCUCGAUUACCCCAGCAGGUACGGCAAGGAGCGCCUCCACUCGGGCUGUGACGAGACGCUCGGCAAGGAGGCCGGCGACAGCCACCAGGGGCAGCAGCCGUCGUACAGGAGGUGCUCGGAGUCGAGUCGGCGGAGCGGCGGGCAGCUGUGGCAGCCACCGAUGAAGGCGGCCGUGAGCGUGGACAGCGUGGUCUCCUCGCCGGUAGGGACGCCGCCGCCGCCGCCCGUCCGCAGCGUCAGCUUCAUCGCCACGCGCAACCACGAGAAGUCGCCGUCGUGGUCGGGCCCCGACGGCUACCUCCCGCCGGCGGUCGCGGCGGCCGCGCCGGGGCCCCCCAACGCCGCGGCGCCCACCCCCCGGCCUCCGCCACGUGGCAGCUCGGCCUCGAACCUCCUGGCGCUGUCGGAGCCGCACCCGCUCAACACGGUGCCAGAGCGCAGCCCCGAGGUCAGCCCCGUGGUCCCACGCAAGCCGGUGCCGUCCCCGCAGCCAGCACAGGCCUACCCCGGGCAGCCCCUCGCCCCCACAGGCGUCUACGCGGCGCAGCAGCAGCAACAAGAUCCUCGCUACGCGCUGUCGGUGUCCGGAGGCGCCGGCGGUUAUGGCUAUUCGGCCGUGGGAAAGCAGUGCUCCGACGUUUAUUACAGUCAGCCUCCUGCGACAGCCGAGAGCCUGAAGCCUCAGCAUGGCAGGCACUGCGAGGAUGGUGGCUUCGGCCAAAGCCCGCCCCCGAGAUCCUACAGUAGCGGCGGGAGGCAGAGCCUGGGCCCGCCGAGCUCGUAUCAAAAUCAAGAUGGGGCGGCGGAGUCCAACGUCGGUUCGCUCCGAGGGCAGCCGUUUAAGUCGGCCAGCAUGCUGGAGCUAAACCAGCCAUGUGCUGCGGCGGCGAGGUACUACUGCAUCUCCAUGAACCACCCAACGCAGGUGGAGGUGGCCCCGUGCCCACCGCCCAAGGGGGAGUACAGGCAGUGGCACGACGAGGCCGUCCAGCCGGCGGCCUACGCUUAUGCGGACCAGAUCCGGAGACCGGACUCGGCCAGCCGGAAGCGCUACAACAGCAGUGGCAGCAGCAGCAGCAGCAGCAGCAGCCACAGCUCGCAGGGCAGCAUCGCCGCGCGCGUCGACCUGAAACCCACGAGCUUCCCGCCGACGGACGGCCGCCCCCCCAGCAGCAGCGGCGGCGGCGGCAGGAGGCAGUUGAGCGGUGGCUCGGCCGAGAGCGGCUCCAGCUUCGACGGCCGGCAGUCGGCGCACGCCGACUUCGAUAGGGGGGGUGGCGGCUUCUACGGCUUUGCAGAGGACCCUCGCAACGGCGGCGGCGGCGGCGUGGCGGACCGGUUGGGCACGCGCAACGUGAUUAGCGCUGAGCGCACGCCUAUGCUGCAUCACCUGACGGUGCUCGGUGCGGCGGAGGGCGGCAGUAGGGCGGCGGCGGCGGCGACCGCCGGUGAUCCCGGCAAGCAGGUACGGCGCAGCGACCGCUUCGCGACCACACUGCGUAACGAGAUCCAGAUGAAACGUGCCCAGCUGCAGAAGAGCAAGAGCUCCUCUCAGCUCGUGGAAGAGGAGGAGGAGGAAGAGAAUGAAGCCACGGAGUCGCUAACGGGCCAGUGGAAAGGAGAGUCCGCCAAGGAUGAGCUCAACUCCCCGCUGGAUGCUGCGUACGGCGAGGCCUACAAGGAGCACGUGAAGGAGGCGCAGACCAAGGUUCUCAGAGCGACGUCCUUCCGCCGCCGGGACCUGGAAAUCCGACUGCCGUUCGACUCGAGCCUGAAGUCGCGGACGCUUGAGAACUCGGAGGGCAAUCACAGCAGGUCGAGCUCUCUGAGCAACCCGCCGCUCACUCGGAGCCAACUGGACAGUGCUUUCCAGAGCACAGAGAGCCUGCCAGCGCACCACAUUCCCCGCAUAUGUGGUCGCAAGCGGCUGACGGACCAGCAGAAGAAGAGGUCGUAUUCGGAGCCGGAGAAGAUGAACGAGGUGGGUGUGGGUUCGGAGAGUGACACUUCCCCGGCCUUUGGAAGCAAGUUGCGCGAUGGCGCGUUUGCCUACCCGGAGGGCAGCGCGGCUCUUUGCGGCAACAGCAAUGGUGACCGCGGCUCUGUCGCAGACAGACGGAAAUUCUUCGAGAAGGACGGCAGCAAGAUGUCUCUCCUGCAAAGGGCACAGGCAAAACAGCAGCAGCAGCAGCUGGUCUCAAAUUCUUCGAACGCUAAAUCCGAACGGCACGAUGCGCUGAAAGAUGGCUACGGUUGGUACGGUCAUCCCGAGCUGUGCUUGGCAAAAAUGGAAGCCCGUCGCCACUCCUCGUCAUCCUCUUCCAGCCUGAGCUCCUCGUCGGAGCAGCAAUGCCUAUGGAGGCCCCACGGAGAGGACGUCAGACCGAUGGCCGCGUAUUCCGACUUGAGCGCCCCUGCGUAUCAGCAACACGCCGGCUCUGAGAGGAAGCCCGCAGCCGCUGGCCGUGCCCAGGGGCUGGAGCAGCAGCGACCUUACGGCUCCGACUUGAAUAUAAACGACGACGGCUUCGGCAACUCCGAUCAUCAGACGGCGACGGGCGCCCGUGGCAGGGAGCGCCAGCACUUGCAGCAGCCAUCGUGGUCACAGCAGGCGCACCUGCACCACCAGCAGCAGCAGCAGAUGUCCCUGGAGAUGCUGCCCCCACGAAAUUCUGAAAAGUUUGUGUCCAGCGAAAAUCUGACGAGCUGGAAGGCUGACGGGAGGAGGCACGUGCACGUUCGCUCGCGCUCUUCGCCUACCUCGGAGGUGUCCUGCAAGCAGGAGCUGUUGGCGCGUCUGGGGAAGCUGGAGAUCCGCAGGGAUGAGGACCACGCCCCGGUGCACUCCAACCCCGAGCAGCAUGGCUCAGCGGCCAGUUGGUCGAGGGCCGGGCGCCUGGAUAGAGUGAGGGAGCCAGACGGACCCAGCAGAGACGGCUGGGCUGCUCCGGCUGGAGGUGCCCGGUGGGGCCGGGGCACCCACUCCAGUGGCAGGCCUGAGCGUGCCAACCUUGAGGAGUCGGAGGGCUCUGUGCGUUUGCGGCGUGAGCGGGCUGCGUCUGCGGGGCUUCUGGACCUGCCUGGGGUCGGCGCGAGCUCCGGGGCGUGGCCAGACACGCACACGGCAGCGUCGCGUCUCCAAGAUUCUACGCAGAGGCCCUUAGCGGCGACCAAGAAAGGGGCGCCCCCUCCCAAGUUCCUGGCGAAGCGCGACGGCUCCGAGCCCUACGCCACGGCCGCCACCUCGGCAGGAGACGGCGCGGGCAAGCGGAGUCCCGAGGCCAGAGCCACGGAGCACGGCGAGCGUCGCCGAGGGGUCCCCGGGGAAGCCUCUGCAGAGCCCGGCGUGAGCAGCGGCGAGCCCGUGGCACCGCCACCUGCCACGCUGGAGGCGAUGCCGGGCAACUUCCCUCCCCCCCCUUCGUCUCCGCCACUGCCGCCGCGCCCAUCCCUGGCGCCCGCCAUCUCCUCAUCGUCUUCUCCUCCGGCUCCCUCGCCGUCCCUCCUGCUGCCCCCCCAGCAGCUGACGGACAGGCCCCCCACAGCCAUGGACACGUCCGCUACUCCCAGGAUUGAAAGCUUCAUGGACAACAACAAGGCUGUGAAGAUGGUCCCAGUGAUGAUCGUCAGAUCCGAAUCAAAAGACAUCAGGAGCCACCAAACAGCUGCUGCCCCCGACAGCCUCGUGCCCACCACGAAGCCGGAGCCCCCUGUCGUGGAGCUGCACCUGACGUCCGCGCAGAACAGUGCCGACGUAGAGAGGAGCGCCGCGGAGACCAACCCGGAGCGCGCUUCCACGGCAAACCAAGAGGCGGAGGAAGAGCUCGGCAAACCGGAGAAGAUAGGCGAGAGCUCGGUGUCGGCGUUUGUGAGUUUCCAGCCGUCCAGGAGUCAGCAGCAGCAGCAGGAGAAGGUGGUGGACAAGGAGGAGGAACAGAGGCAACAGGAGGACGAGGACCGCAAGACUGAGCAGCUCGCCAAGGAGAUCGUCGGCAAAGACCGCUCGCUCGCAGACGUGCUGGCGCCUGGCGUUCGGACGGCGCGUGAGCUCAUGGAGGGCAUCUUCCCGCAAAGUGACCCGGCGCUUGGGGAGGCCCUGCAGGCUCGCCGCAAGUCCCAGCCGCGGGGGGCGGGCGCCGCAAAGGCCGCCGGCGACGGGGCAGAGAGGAGAGAGGAAGCGGUCUCCCCCACGGCGCUGCCACCGUGCCCGGCCUACUACAGUGUGUCCGCACCCAAAGCCGAGCUGCUCAUGAAGAUGAAGGACCUGGUACCCUCGGUGGACGACGACGCGGACGAGGAAAUCGACCCGGACCUCACGGAGAAGAAGGCGGAGCUGAUCGCCAGCAUCGGGCGGAAGCUGCGCACGCUGCGCGAGGCACGCGAGCUCCUGCUGGAGGACGUGCGCGACAACGAGGAGCUGGGCCGCGAGGUCGAGGGUUCCGCCGAGGCCUCGUGCAAGCCCAACGAGCUCGACAAGUUCCGCAUGUUCGUCGGCGACCUCGACAAGGUGGUGAGCCUGCUGCUGUCGCUGGCAGGCAGGCUGGCGCGCGUCGACAACGCCAUCAACAGCCUGGGCACCGACGCCACCGCCGAGGAAAGGCAAUCGCUGGUGCAGAAGCGCAAGCUGCUGUGUAGCCAGCACGAGGACGCGCGCGAGCUCAAGGAGAACCUGGACCGGCGGGAGCGCGCGGUCGACGUGAUCCUCGCGCAGCACCUGAGCGCCGAGCAGCUGCAGGACUACCGCCACUUCGUCAAGAUGAAGUCGGCGCUGAUCAUCGAGCGGCGAGAGCUCGACGACAAAAUCAAGCUGGGCGAGGAGCAGCUCCGCUGCCUGCGGGAGAGCAUGCCGCCCGAAUGCCGCGCCGCCGCCACCGACUGAGAUGCCAACUGAGACCGGGGAGCCAGCAGCUACCGGGGGAUGGGGGGCUCGUGCACCACCCACAGUCCGUUAGAGUGUAGGGUUCCGCCUUUGCGUUGCUUUGAUUGCUCGGAGUCUGCAAAGUGCCCGAAGGGGGGGGGCGGUGGCGGUGGUGCUCGGCUCCAUCGCCGGUCACCGAGCCCGUGCUGGAGUUUACACCUUCCCAUCGUGGCGGUCCGCUGUGCCUGCGGUACGGCUACGGUUGACAUCCCACAAUGUGGAGGCUUUUAAUGUUACAGACCAUCCUGAGAGAUGAUGAGGAGCCCCCCGGCUGGGUUAGGAAUCUGGCCCAGUUGAUGGUGAAUCAAGCGCGUGCGAUGACCGCAGAGCCACCCAUGAUGAAUUUGAUUGUUUUACACGCACGCCUCACAUUUUUUUUCUUUUCUCAUUUGUUAAGCCCACUCUGUGGGAGGGGAAUUCAACGGUGGUUGACGUGGGAAGCCUGGUCUCCACCAGAAGGAAGCGGAAUUUUCACCGCUCGCUCGGAGAGGUCGGAUCGAGCGAGCGAGCUCCGCCACCCUGCGCUCGUUUAGCCGGGAGACGAUGGACUUCCUCACUUUCUUCGUGGCCCAUUUUUGUUUCCUUGAAAUUUAUUUAUGUAGCAUUAUUCUCGUUAGCAGUUUUAAUUUAUUAUUUUUGAGUUACAAACAAACCACUUUGAUUAGAAUUCACAUUUUUACCAUUAUCGUUUUUAUUGUAUUACAAAGCAUUAUUUUACGGGAUUUUUUUUUUAAUAUGCAUAAAAAAUACACUUUGUGACAUCGGUUUCCACGUAAUGCGUUUGUGCAAAAAACUCCUGGGCCUCGAGUUACAGCCUCAGUCGGUGCUUAUACAAGUUUCGAAUGCACUCUGCGAAAGACGAAUAAGCGAUGGCAGCCCUGAGCCCCUGGUGGAAAUUCCAUCUGGUCCGGUUGACUGAACAUUAUCGCGAGCAUAAUCUUUGUGUGUGUUUUGUGUUUUUCUGCAAUGUGGAUGUGCACCGUCCCAUCGGUGAUUACAACCCCCACAAUAUUUUGGCCUCAAGAUGGUCUGGGCAUAAGUGGCGAGGAUGGGGGAUGCUUCUAGAAUAAGUCACCGCGGCGCUCUAGCAUUCCAGCGCGGGGAUAUUGCGUGUUUAAGAAAGAAUGCUUUGAAACGCAUGUUCUCGCGGUGUAGAAAACGCUCGAACUGUUCAGCCCACUUGAUAUUGGCUGCAAAUUUCGUUUCAUCGCUCAAGGCCUGCUCUGCUUGUAAAAAGGGGUGCGGACGGAGGAAGUGGUUUCUCCGAUUUAGCCAUCACAAAAUCUUCUCUUGAAGCGCGCACCAAAUGAGCGGAGAACAUCUGCGUGGCGCAUCCUUGCAAAGCAUGAGCAGCAACCGUUGACGUGAAAAAAGACUUCCACGCUAAACUUUAGAAGCGGACAAAGGAACUUUCCUGACGGAAAAAAAAAACCAGAAGCAACAAAACAAACUGCAAAAGUGGAUUCGUACGAGGAAAGUUAGCCGGAGACGUUCUCGUGCAAACUGAAGGUGCCAGUGGGUGCUUGGCAGAUGUAAAGUUAAUUAUGCAAAGAAAUUUGCCACUUUUAUGAAAGUGUUAAGGUAAAACUUUGUGUACUAAACGAAGGUACAUUCUCUGUGCGGCAGCGGCGGUGGCAGUGGUGGUGGCGGCAGCGGCGCACGGUGUGUGGUGCGCGUGUAGGAACACUUGGGCCGCCACACCGUGCGCGGUGUGUCGCUGUGGUGCCCCAGCGGUGGUGUCGCGGUGUCGUGGCGUGCCAGCCGUUGGGAGGAGCGCGCCGCCUGGCAAAGAGGACUCGCGGAAGAGAAAGGAUGAGAAUUGUACAAUGGCAAUAAACGUGAUGUCGUAGAACUUCAUUAGCACACUAUUAAAAAAAAAUAUUAAAAAAGGAGAGAUCGAAUUGUAUAAUUAUACUGUAGUGCCUUCAACUGUUGCACAUGCGUAUUUAUAGCUGUUAUACGUGGCUUCUGUACUGAAACUUUUACUUAUUUCACUCUUUUAUUUGAUUUCAUUUUCCGCAAGCGUGCCAUGUAGGCUUGUGGCUGUGCAUAGCAUUAGCACGAUAGAUGACAUCGAUAUAAGUAUCCAAUUGAUCAAUAACUCGAUAAUUCCGUUGACAGCAUGCGUUUUAAUGUUAGAGUUCAUGAUGUGUUAUUAUCUUUCUGGCCGUUAACCCAAGGCUGUGGUGUUAGGAACCAAAACGUAUGGGUAUGUGGAAAUUUCUGUGCUUUUUUGGAGUUGCAUAAAGGAUUUAUUUUACUUUGCGAGUACCAGUGGGAAAGUGUUGGAGGCAAUAUUAUGGAGGCAGUGCCGUCUGAUUAUCGUGUUUUAUUGCCUUCUAACAUCAAGUGUUAACCACUUGUGGUUGUGAAGAUUAAAUCACACGUUAUGGACCCAGCCAUUUGCAGGCGGUGUAACAGGGUACAGACAACACUGCAUUCCCUAAUAGGGUGGCCAACGCAGCAGUGCAAGGUAUUGUCACAGCAGUUAGAUGGGAAUAUGCUGUUUUGUUUUAAAAGAAAAAAAAACACGAGAACAUCAGGAGUCCUCAACAUAUAAAUAUACAUAAAGGUAUAUGUUUGGUCAAUUUAAAUUGAUUUAAUUUAAAUGCCUUUUCCUCAUUACACAAACUUAGUAAAUUAAUAUACAGACCACGCGUGGAAUUAUUAUUGGUGAUGCCCUGUGUUUUAAACACAGGAUGCUAUGUUUAUCUCUUAGUCUGUAUUAAAGAUCUAAAUGCAUAUAACUAGAAAACUUUCAUACCACUGCUGCAUCCCCUAUGGUCACAUUCUUUCACUUUUCAUGAGUGCCAAUGUGAGUAUCAAGGCACUGUUAUAGGCAUUAUGAUGUUCAUAACUUGGGAAUGUAACGUGCUAUGGUGCCUCCUUUUGAGUAGUUUGAUUGGGAUGUCAUAGGAAGGUCAUUGAUAUUUUUGGUUCCAUAGUAACGGAGGAUCUGGAUUUCUAACUCGCGAAAUAUGUCGUGUUUCGUUGUCGACCAGAUUUGUGUGCACUCGCACGAUGAAAGGAAUUUGCGAUAUGAGAGCCGGAUGGGCUAUGAUGGGAAGGUUUAAUUUUAGGAGUAAUCAAACACAACCGAGAUUGCUUUGUUGACUCAAUCGAAGAUGAAUUUUCUCGGCAACGUAAAUACAAUUGCAAUGCAGUAGAACCUCAUUAUAAUGACUGGAAUUGCGAGGGGGGGGGGGCUUGAGUAAUCGAUACCCCCUCCUCCCCCCCCCAUCACUUUACGAUGAGUACUUUGGUUGUCUCUUGCGGUGAACAUCUGCAUGCGUGUAUGGGUUAAUGUAGGAACAAGUUGGCGGCAUCCUUGCGCGCACUCCAUGUUAAUGUAGAGCCUACCUGAGUGCAACCACGUCCUUCGAAGCGUGCGCAUCUCUGGCUCGGUGUGCCUCUUACAACCAAGGGGUCUCGAUGUAGCGUUAUUAAAAUGGAGCUCUACUGCACUCUGAUAUCAUUUGACGUAGGCGUACAUCACGGUGUGAAUAAUUUAUAUGCAAACAUGGGUCUGUCCGUGUGAACCCCCCUCGUACAGCAUUUCAUUACACGUGGCUGUAUUUAUUUGUUCAGCACAUUGCCAUGUAUGCGUGUGAUGUGUCACCGUCACUGCCACGAGCUUUUUUUUUUCUCAAGCUCGGCUGCAUGUCUGGCUUUUGUUGCCGGGACCGUGAGCUCCGAUGAAACGUCGAAUGUUGUUCGUGCAAAACAGAAAACAAUAAUUAUUCGAAAAAUAUUUAAACUUUUCCAAAAAAGAAGAGCUUAAUAAAUAUUCCUGUUUGAUAACAUCACUUGGCGAAGGUGUGCGGUGUAUGGAAAUUGUUCGGUAUAAUUGAGCAUUCACCAAAGUUGAUGCGAGUACCGUUUCUGAAGUAUCUUUGCAAGGAAUGUAAAAAAAUAUAUCACUCGUGUUUUGUUGAUUGAUAAAAAAAAUGCUCAGUCUCUGGCAACGAAAAGCUUUUGACAUUAAGCCCUCAUAUUUGCACACUUCACUGUGACGGGACUGAAUAAGGAGUGUGUGUAUACGUUCGUAGGUGUAAACAUUCGCGCCACGCAUCGUGAGCACGAUGCCCCCCCCCCGCCCCUAUAAAACUCUGCGUGUGAUGCCGACCGUGCAAAGAUUGCAAGGUUAUAUAUAUAUUAAAAAAGUGCACUCUUGAGUAACAAGCAGGAGUAAAGCUGCAACACUUUGAUUUAAUGUUGAGAAUAAGUAACAAACAAAAAAAUCUUGUUAGUCCUGCUUCAAAUAAUGCUGUGGGCAUUUUACGUUUUUUGUUUUGUUUAAAAGUUACUUCUUCGUUGACGUUCAGGUGAACAGGUCGGCGGCGUGUAAUUGUCUUAAGCCACCAAUUGUCGAAACGUGUAAUUCCCUGACAAAGUGAUUACCUUUCACGAGCUGUCAUGCCGGCCCUGCGCUUUUCUGAAUCGUACCACAAACUCGUUGAUGCGUUCGUGGUGUUUGGUUUAUCACCAUUUAGCAUUUUGUUCAGUUUCCGGCGUAAUCCGGGCGAUGCAUUCUGCUGUGUAACUGCGACGUUGAAACAGCCUCUCCAGAGCACGGCGAUUGCCGCUCCUCCCACCGGCUUGCUCAGAUGUUUUUUUUCCCCCCCUCCCUCCCUCACUCGUUUAUUUUGUUCUGUAAAUCUGUGUACAUAUUGUUUGAAACUGCCAAGCCAAGUUGUAUUAAUGUAAGUCUUUGCCUUCAAA